AUGCCUUUUCGUUCUUCGUGGACGGAUAUGAUUCUUUGUGUGAGAGGUCCACAGAGCCUGCUGGCGGAUCAGAGGGGCUGCCGACCUUCUUCGUGCGUGGCGGUCCCCCGGGUUUGCCGCCGACCAAGUCAUGCACCCCUUGAACCCGCCGACCUGACCCCCACGCAGCAGCCGCUGAGCUCGCCGGAGCUGCCACCCAGGACGGCCGAAACCUCGCGUGGCUCCUCCUCCCGCGCAGAGGGACCCCGAAGAGGACCUGCUGUGCAUCGCCAGGACUUUCUGCUACUUGAGGGAAUCCGGUUGGUACUGGGGCUCCAUCACCGCCACAGAAGCCAAGCAGAAGCUGCAGAAGAUGCCGGAAGGAUUUUUCCUGGUGCGGGACAGCACCCACCCGAGCUACCUCUUCACUCUGUCGGUUCGGACUAACCGCGGACCCACGAACGUUCGUAUCGAGUAUUCCGACAGCCUCUUCCGACUGGACUCCAACUGGCUGUCCAAGCCGCGAAUCCUCUCUUUCCCCGACGUGGUCAGCCUGGUCCAGCACUACGUCUCGUCCUGCAGCUCGGAUGGCCCCAAAGAGCCCGCCAGCCAACCGCCGCCCGAGCCGAGCCCCUUAAAGGAACCCGCGGCCGUCCACCUUAAGCUCCUGCAGCCCUUGCACGAACCGAAGCGGAGAGAGCCCGAGCUUGCAGCACCUGUGCCGGCUGCAGAUCAACCGGAGCAUGGCGCCCGGCAUGGAGGUGACGGAGCUGCCGCUGCCGCGCAGGAUGGUGGAGUACCUACAGAGGUACCCAUUCAAGCUCUGAUGGUUUUCAGGGAUGGACUCCAUUUUUUUUUUUCUCCUACACAUACUUCCCACACAUGGACUGUAAAUAUUCCUGAUAUUUAUUAUGAAUGGCCGCACACCCGGCGUCUUUUUCUAGCACUGAUAGCUGCCCAAAGAUGA